CAUGCCGGAGAGGCGUUGGGAUGACGUUGCACGCGGAACGGGGAAGAACGAGCGUGUGUAUUUACCCGGUUCGAAUAGAGACUUAACCCGAAGAGAGGGACGCGGGACUAAUCUGGUUACAUAACAUGCCAUUGAAUUUGCGAGCCGUCUCUGCAAUAAUCCGCUAAACUGCGUUCUGCCGUCCCGCGGCGGAUGCGACGCACGCACGCGUCGACGGGGCGCACGCACACUUGUGGCUCCCACGACGCAGAAGCGCCGCAAACGAGAAGCGCCGCAAACGAGAAGCGCCGCAAACGAGAAGCGCACGGGGGGGGGGGCGUUAUCUUUGAGCUCCGCGGCCACGUUCACGCAUCUGCAGAAGCUGCGAUGCCUCACGUCGCACAGUCGAACUGGCGCCGUGUGCUGUUCGCGCCCGUGACGACGCAUCUGACGCGCCACUAGCCGCACCACCCAGGAGACGGAGCGGAGCGGAGCGGAACGCGCAGAGGGGGGAGACUGACUGACUGACUGACUGGAAAGCGUUCCGCCGUUCUGGUUCUCCUCUCGUUUUGCUUGACGACCGCGAGCCAACGCCUGCCGCCGCCGCCGCCGCCGCCGCCGCUGCACGUCUCGCGGACGACGUUAAACCAGGAGCAGCAUCACCCAGACACUCGUGCAGAGAUGGAGGUUCCAGGCUUGGCGCACAACCUCACCAGCCCGUUAAGUCCCUGCGAAGGGAUGAUCAAAGACCUGAGCUUGGACACCCUACAGCUGUGCGAACGAGAUGGAAGUAAAUCCCAGGAUGGCAGUAUCUGUGAGAUGGAGGCGCUCCCCGUUCCCCAGAACAUCAAGAUCAGCAACAUUACGUGUGACUCCUUCAAGAUCUGCUGGGACAUGGAGGCGGGCAGCAAGGAGCGCAUCACACACUACUUCAUUGACCUGAACAAGAAGGAGAACAAAAACUCAAACAAGUUCAAACACAAGGAUGUCCCUACUAAACUGGUGGCCAAAGCAGUGCCCCUGCCCAUGACUGUCCGGGGCCACUGGUUCCUAAGCCCACGCACAGAGUACACAGUGGCUGUCCAGACAGCAUCAAGACAGACUGAUGGGGACUACUCGGUCUCAGAGUGGAGUGAAAUUAUAGAGUUCUGCACCGCUGAUUAUUCCACAGUGCAUCUAAACCAGCUGUUGGAGAAGGCAGAGGUCAUCGCUGGUCGGAUGCUGCCGUUCUCUGUCUUCUACAGGAACCAGAAUAAGGAGUACUUCGACCAUGCCAGGGAUGAGCAGGAGAACCGGAUGCUGCCCUCGGUGAAGGACAACAGCGGCAGCCACGGCUCGCCCAUCAGCGGGAAGCUGGAAGGCAUCUUCUUCAGCUGCAACACCGAGUUCAACACAGGCAAACCGGCGCAGGACUCCCCCUACGGUCGCCACCGUUUUGAAGUCCAGGCUGAUGCGCUCUUCAACCCCGACACCAGCCUGUACUUCGGAGACUUCUACUGUAUGUACACGGCCUACCACUAUGUAAUUCUUGUCCUGGCACCUAAGGGCUCCAGAGGAGACGAGUUCUGCAAGCAGAGGCUUCCCGCGCUCGACAUCACCAACAACCGCUUCCUCACCUGCAAGCAGAGUGAGGGCGACGGCGGUCUGGUGUUCCAUCACGCCCAGGACGUCAUCCUGGAGGUGAUCUACACGGAGCCCGUAGACCUCGCGUCGGGCACCGUGGCCGAGAUCAGCGGCCACCAGCUGAUGAGCCUGUCCACCGUCAACGCCAAGAAGGACCCCAGCUGCAAGACCUGCAACAUCAGCGUGGGGCGCUAGGGAGGACCUGAAUGUAGGAGAGGAGGGGGAGGAAUGGAGGUGACUGACUCCACACACACAGGAAGUCCACAUGCACUGAUAAAACAGACCAACACAUGCAUGAAGCAGCAGAUUUAAUAGGCUCCCAGACACUCACCGAGAACAUCAUUCCCAAAGAAGAGGAAACACUCCUGUCUCUUUCUCUUAAAAGGGUUGAACACAAAUAUCUACCAAUUAAGUCUGGGUCACCUAUAUCAUAGCUCCAUCAACACUGACCAAACCCUUUAACUGUACUAACACGGGCUGCUUCUGUCCACUCUCCUGUUAUUUAUUUCAAGCAGGUCUCCCAUAUUUUGAUAAUGAUUUUGCAUUGUUGUUAUUGAUAUGCUCCUAGUGUCCAACCAUCGGUGUGGACAAGCAUUUAGUGUUUCCACAUACACCAACUGUUUUUCUAUAAAUGUUUUGUUCUCAUGCAGCAGUAGACAUCCGACUGCUUCUCGCAUCCUGCCAGCGGCAAAGACUGCUACUACAAUUGUUUGAGGGCUGCAGCGUUGAUAGUCAUCUUACUUUAAACCAAAGGUAUAAAAACCAGACAGAAACUGCUGAUGUGUAUUCACCAAGUCGUCGAUGGUCAGAUGUGAACUACUCAUUUAUUCUAACCUUUAAAAAAAACAAAAAAAAAAACACUAGCAUGAUGCAGUUUUGUGCAGCAUGAGGAUGGAAGCUGUCAGUAACGUUACCAUGGCAACCUGUCUGCAACAGUCACUCUUAUUUGAUUGUAGUCAGUGGAGAGAAAGAACGUAGAACCAUAAACUGUGUUUAGCAGAAUACAUGUGAAAAAAUAUUUAUUUUUAUCGAUACAUUCAUAUAUAUAGCUAUAUAGAAAAUUAUAUAAACCAGAAGUGCACAAUGUUAAAAGCUCUGAUCAUUGACAACAAUGGCAUUUAGGGGAAAAUUAACUUCAUACAGGCAAAAUGGGGGAAAACUUCACAGCAUAAAAUAACUUGCACUAUGAUGCUAAGUUCACACAUUGAGGUGAACAUGUAAAUUGAACACUCACAAUUUGAGUUUCUAAUGCAUAUCAUAGCACAAUGUAGGACUAAAAUCUGACAUGCACAAACACUAUAGGCCUCAUUGCAUUUAAGCGUAAGUGUUUUGUUUUUUUCUGUUUCAAAUGCAGUUUCCACAUUAACUAUGGACAGAACUAAAAAUUGUAUUUUGGCAACAGGGGAAAAACGCAAAGUGCCAUAAUAUAAUAAUAUAAUAUAUAAUAUACGAUUAUGUAACUAACAUCAAGUAGCUACAGCUCUUCACACUUGACAUAAAUUAGUGCAUAACAUAACACUUGCUACAUCAGGUUUAUAAUAAGAUGCACCAUGGAUGACAAGGGAUGUGUUGUUGGGACUAAAAACUCAACGCAAUUGCUCUGCAUUUUAUCACGAUUGUCACCAAUAACUCACGUGACCUCUAUCAACAUAAUGAACAUGAAACUAGACCAGACUGACCGCCAGCAUCUGAGCUGUUAGGUUGGAUGCAAGUCCCACUGUGAGUAGGCUCAACUGCUUUUGGUUGAGUUCUGUUGUUUACUGAGCAGGGCCUCGAGUAGACGGAGCUUUGCUUUGAGGUUCUUAUACUGGCAGUACUCCUCCGCCAUCGGUCCACGGUCCUCCUUCUCACAAGCCCUGUUAAAAACACGCGGAGGAAAGAAGAUGCAAAACUUUGUAGUUUCCAAAACAAUCUGCAGCAGCUUCCAUUACUGGUAGAUAGUCCCUAUGUUGCCUUACUCAGAUAGCUUUGUACAGCGUGUAUUGUAAGGAUAAACUUACAGUAUUUACUUUGGAGGACUAACAUGUACAGUACAAACGAUGUGUACAGUUCAGAGCCAAUGUCUAUUUCGUCGUCUCUUUCCUGAGCUCUCUCUCUCUCUCUCUAUUAACUUUGUGGGUGUGCAUUACCAAGUCGUACCAUUACAAUGGAAUUUCUUUUGUGAAUGUUUUCUUUUUGUUUUUCACGAAGCAUUGUUGAAAACCAAAUGUUCCCAUUUAUUAAAAUACAAAAUAAAAUUCAAAUGCAUACCA